AUGUGUGAGCCAGCUACUGCACAUCUGGAAGGGAAGUCAGGUUUGGUUGUAGGAGAAAACCAGCAACUGAAACAAGAACGAGAACAAGAACAGCAGCAGCAGCAGCAGCAGCAGCAUGUGCAAGAACGAGAACAAGAGGUGCAGGGAAGCACCAAUGCCAUAACUACGCGAAAGAGAUAUAGAGAUAGCCAAGAACAGAACCGCAAGAAGCAAGUGCGCAUACAAGAGCACACUGGGGCGGGUUCUUUGGACUCAUCUACUUCUGAAUUGGACACCAAUACGGUAAUGAAGCUUCCGCAAAAGAGGUAUUACCGUCAAAGGGCCCAUUCCAAUCCAUUUUCUGAUCACAAAUUGGCAUACCCCAAAUCGCCUGAAACAAUGAACUGGUCAACGAUUUAUCCACUUGCUAACGGAAGAAAAGUUGAGAUAACAGAUAUAGGAUGUGGAUUUGGCGGUUUAAUGAUUGAUUUAGGCCCUCGAUUUCCUGAUUGUUUGAUUUUGGGGAUGGAAAUCAGAGUGCAAGUUACACAGUAUGUUGAGGAUCGAAUUGUUGCAUUAAGAAGUCAGCAUAGGGAUCAGAGCUACAAGUAUGAUAAUAUUGGAGUUAUCCGGGGCAAUGCAAUGAAAUUCUUGCCAAAUUUCUUUACAAGAGGACAAUUAAAGAAGAUGUUUUUUUGUUUUCCCGAUCCUCAUUUUAAGCAACGUAAACACAAGGCUAGGAUUAUUACAAAUACUUUACUAAGUGAAUAUGCUUAUGCAUUGAGAGAGGGCGGGGUAAUAUACACAAUAACAGAUGUUGAAGAUUUGCACAACUGGAUGGUUAAACACUUGGAUGAACAUCCGCUUUUCCAGAGGUUAAGUAAAGAAUGGGAAGAUAAAGAUGAGUGUGUAAAGAUAAUGUAUAAUUCAACUGAAGAAGGUCAAAAAGUGACUAGAAAUAAGGGAUCCAAAUGGAUUGCUUGUUAUGAAAGAUUACCGAAUCCAGAAGAUUGUGAAUAG